AUGCCUGUAUAUGCCCACUUUCUUGGAUGUGCCGCAAGAUGUGAAGAUAUUCCUAAGCCGCCUGCUUAUCUCAAAGGUAAAGUUAUGUCGGAAAACAUUGCGCAAGCGGCCUUCAGGAGCAGGCGCGCGAGUCGGUCCACAUGUGUGAUGAACGUCUGCUCCUUUGCAUGGGAUCCCGCCGGGAAGUGGUGUGGAGGAGAUACGAGACGGUACCGUAAUUUUCGCGUUGGUUCUCA